AUUAUUUUAGACGCACAAGACAGUUCCUAUGAGUUUGACUUGCAGAGGACGGUCAAAGUAAAUUAAUAAAGGUUGAAGUCGAAUUCCUUAACCGGACUCGUCGACUGUCCGUUAAAAGGUCACUAAUCUAAAAGGUCACAACAACAAAAAUGUAUUGUUAAAGUCGUUUAUUUAUUGUUUACUUCCAAAUAUUACAGCCUAAUUUCAAUAUCAUAAAAAAUAGUUGUCAUACUUGCUUCCGGCAUAGGAAAAGGACCUGAGCCUUUUCAGUGCUUUGGUGAGGGGGGAUCUCAUCUGAAGAGGCAGGAGACCUCAGUCUCCCACUUGACCUGUCCUCUGAGCAUGAGGGCUCAAUAUUCUCUGCAGUAAAAUACAUCAUGGCAAUUCUUGGUACAGAUAAAAUACCUUUCCCAAUUGUUCAAGGAUGAGAAUAAGGGGUUUGCUUAUGUUGUGAAGGGCCGUCCUCACCGUCAUUACAUGGUGGUUUGUGCUGUGUUUUAGCCUUUUGCUUCUUGGUAGCAGUGGCACAAGUUUUCUGGUGCUUCGGGCAUAUUUUGGUGGGGGCUUGGGUAGACCUUUGCCUGAAAAUAAACAUAGAAGUGCAAAAUAACAUCCAGCCUUUUCUACACACAUGUUAUGCAGUUAACUUUUAUUGAUGUGGGAGAAGGCUUCUCAAAAGUCAGCCAAACACACAUACCAAACUUUAAUCAAAAAUUCUUCAACAUGCCAAAGUUAACCUCCCGAGCCACUACCCCCCCUAGCCUGGAAAUACAGAGGGAUUUCAGCUCAGUUAAAAAUUACAAAUAAAAACAAUUAAUUACAUUAGUAUUGAAGUUUUAGGGCUCUGUUCAAUUAGUAAAGCUCAAGUGUUUCCGAGUUUACUGUGAAUGCAGUCUCCGCUACAGCAGGAACAUCGCUUUUACAUUUAAAUCUUUUGGGGUGGUGGGAAUGGGCUUCCAUAGUCAAGGACUGUUCUUCCAUAGGCUGUCACCUGGGCGUUUCAGGAAGUGGUAUCUUCUCAUUCAGGAACCAUGGAGUUGUUGUGUGCCCGUCUCAUGAGGAACCAACGCCGUUGCCUACCUGCCUACCUGUCUAGAAGCUUUCAAACCUCCCAUUGCCGACAGAGACAAUCAACAACCAGGAGUACAUUACCUUCAACAGAACUCUACUCAACCAACACAUGUCGGAUUCUACGGCAGCCCGAAACCACAGACUCUGUUUGUCAACUUCAAUUGAAGCCAUCUUCAUCUCAGAGACAACUUUUCUCAUCUGAGAAUGUAAGAACAGUACUUUUCCCAGUGGGGACACCUAGACCUGACCCUGCUGUCCACUGUCUCCCUGUUAUAUGGCUGUCUAAGCAUGGACAGAACUUCUUCCAUACCUCUACUCCUCACCGCUCCCUGCCUGCGCCUCUCAUAUGGCUGGUACUCAAACCCCUGCAGAAGAUAGUGGCUAUUAUACUGGGCAGGAGUAUCAGGAAGUGGUGGUUGGCUCUCCCGCCCAAUAAGCAGCAGCUCGUGCGUCAGAGGGUCUGGCGUCGCCGUUGGCAGCUGGUGGCCGGGGGUAUGGUUGCUAUGGUGAUCAUGGCAAGUUUCUUCCUGACUCAUCUGGACGAAUCGCCCAUCACGGGACGCACACGCCUCCUAGUGUUCAGUAGAGAGAACUACAUGGAGCUGGCUGCAGUGACAGGAGAUGGGUACAUGGAGGAAUUUGCUGAGUUGAUGGUUCCAGAGAAGGACCCUCGUCACCAGGUGGUGAAGAGAGUGGUGGAGCACCUGGCCCAGAGGAACAAAGACAUCCCAGAGGUCUCCUCUGUUCCAUGGAGAGUCCACUUGGUCGACAGCCCUACUGUCAACGCUUUCGUACUGCCUAAUGGAAAGGUGUUUAUGUUCACUGGGAUGUUGGAGGCCGUUGCAGAUGUUCACCAGCUCACCUUCAUCCUGGGACAUGAGAUGGCCCACGCAGUGAUGGGACAUUCUGCAGAGCAGGCCAGUAUGUCUCAUGUGGUAGACUUCCUGUCUCUGAUCCUGCUAACAGCCACCUGGGCCGUGUGUCCUCGAGACAGCAUGGCUGUACUGGGACAGUGGUUACAGACGAAGCUCACACAGUUCUUGUUUGAUCGUCCUUAUAGCAGGAAGUUGGAGGCAGAAGCUGAUCAGGUUGGACUCCAGCUGGCUGCCAAGGCAUGUGCUGAUGUGCGGGCAGGGCCAGUGUUCUGGCAGCAGAUGGAGAUCAGUGACCAGCUGAGAGGAGAACCUACAGUACCAGAGUGGCUCUCUACACACCCCUCUCACAAGAACAGAGUUACACAGCUGGACCGGCUGGUCCCACAGUACCUGGAGUUGAGGGAGAGCUGUUCCUGUCCUGCCCUCCCUGCUACAGACCCCAGAGCUGUCUUCGCUCAGAGUGUCAAAGUGCUGCUGGAUGCUACUAGGGACCUGGAGGGAGAGGCGGGGAAGAGACUGAAACCACAAGCUCUGUCCCAGACCCCAACGUCAGACCACAGAAGGGCUCCACACCCAGGGGGACUGGCUACUGCCCUGCUAGCGUCCUCAGCCACAGGCUCACCUCCAGCCCUGACCCUAGACACUGCUACCCACCUCUAACCCCCGGGCCACUACCCUCGCCCCCCCCCGUCUUCCCAACCCCAGGCCUAGUUCCAGUCAGUGAUUGUAGCUCCUUGAUUGCUAAUUGACUGAUGUUUGUAAGGUCUUGUAAAAUUGCAGUUGUCACCUGCUUCUGUGGAAUUGCUGCAGAAAGGUUUCAGGUAGCGGUUCUGUUUACUGCGUGUAAGAGGGUACAGGGAGAUGCUUUGAGUGUAUAGUGUGAACACAUAGAGAUAGUAUCCUGUUUUAAUUGGAAGAUUUCAAGUGGGGACAUGCUGCACUCAAUGGCCUAAUGAGCAUAUACAGUGAGGUCCAAAAUGAUUGACUCCCCUGAUAAAGAUGAGCAGUAAUGACUGUAUAAAUAAAUAUGACUAAUAAAUACAUUCAAAAUCAAAAUUGACAUCCCGGCCCUAAAGAUUGACACCUCUAAAGUAAAGUAGUCAAACGUGUGUAUUUUGUCCCAUGUUCCUAUCACGCAAAGCUUGGGACUCUACAAACCUGUUGGAUGCAUUUGCAGUUUGUUUUUGGUUGGGUUUAAGAUGAUUUAGAAUAUAUUUCUCGACACUUCUACAUUCUACCACGGAUUUUUUUUUUUUUUACCUUUAUUUAACCAGGCAAGUCAGUUAAGAACAAAUUCUUAUUGUCAAUGACGGCCUGGGAACAGUGGGUUAACUGCCUGUUCAGGGGCAGAACGACAGAUUUUUACCUUGUCAGCUCGGGGGUUUGAACUUGCAACCUUCCGGUUACUAGUCCAACGCUCUAACCACUAGGCUAUGCUGCUGCAUAAUCCUGAAUGAAUUGUGAAUAAUGAUGAGUGAGAAAGUUAGAGGGUCAAAGAUCAUACCCCCCAACACAUGCUAACCUCUCACCAUUACCAAUAACAGAAGAGAUUUAACAAGUGAUUGUUCAAACUAUGGCUACACAUAUGCAGAUCUAUACACACCUCACCGAAACUGACAACCAAUCAUUUAACAGGAUUUCCGAAAUCACGUUUGUAGGGAAUAUGAAGGUCAGAACAUCUCAACUUUACAGUAUAUAAAAGAGUAAAAGACUAGAUUGAGUUAUCCUCUCUUUCCAAAGACCACAACCUGGAAGUCACUUAACAUGUGAAAUUAACCUCUUUGAUUGACCAAAACUGGGAACAUAUAAAUAACAUUCUAACAACAUUGAGGAAAUGUCUUGGUCACCCUGAUACAAACCAUGUAAGAAUGUCCUUCAGAAAGUACUCAUACCUCUUGACUUAUUCACAUUUUGGUUUUCUGGGUAGACCGUGUGUAGGCACUGUGUCCUGUAUGUCACCUACUUUAUUUACACUGUCGUGUCCAUCCAUCACCACCUGUUGCAAUGUGUUUUUGUGGUAAUGUGGCCAUCAAGUUCAUUUAAAUGAGUUUUAUGUCUCGCCCUGAAGGAAUGGUAUUGUGUUGUAUUUUAGUGUCAAAGAUCUUUGUGGAAUCAUAGAAAUGUGUAGUUUUGUACAAAUCAUGUAUUGAACUAGCCAAAGAACAUAUUUUUUAUACUAGAAUGUUCAUCUUAGAACCUGACAACCUACAAAUGAAUGGGUUUUGA